AUGGACUUCCCGCUGGCGCUGGUGCUGCUGUCCACGCUCGCCCUGCAGGCGGCCGCCGACUUCGACGGGAGGUGGCCGCGGCAGCUAGUGUCCUCCAUCGGCCUGUGCCGCUAUGGCGGCAGGAUUGACUGCUGCUGGGGCUGGGCUCGCCAGUCCUGGGGACACUGUCAACCUUUCUACGUCUUAAGGCAGAGACUAGCCAGAAUAAGGUGCCAGCUCAAAGCUAUAUGUCAGCCACAAUGCAAACAUGGCGAAUGCAUCGGGCCAAACAAGUGCAAGUGUCAUCCUGGGUAUGCUGGAAAAACCUGCAACCAAGAUGAGCACUCCUACCCAGCUCCUCUUGGUCAAGGCAGUGAACAGCCUGUGUUGCAACCCCUGGAUCAAGCCACAAGUGUACCUUCGAGGGAUUUGAAUGAGUGCGGCCUGAAGCCUCGGCCCUGUAAGCACAGGUGCAUGAAUACUUAUGGCAGCUACAAGUGCUACUGUCUCAACGGAUACAUGCUCAUGCCGGAUGGGUCCUGCUCAAGUGCUUUGACGUGCUCCAUGGCGAACUGUCAGUAUGGCUGUGAUGUUGUCAAAGGACAAACUCGAUGCCAGUGUCCUUCCCCUGGCCUCCAGCUGGCUCCCGACGGGAGGACUUGCGUGGAUAUUGAUGAAUGUGCCACUGGAAGAGCCUCCUGCCCUAGGUUUAGGCAGUGUGUCAACACUUUCGGAAGUUACAUCUGCAAAUGUCAUAAAGGCUUCGACCUUAUGUACAUUGGCGGCAAAUACCAGUGUCAUGAUAUAGACGAAUGCUCCCUAGGGCAGUAUCAGUGCAGCAGCUUCGCUCGAUGCUACAACGUCCACGGAUCCUACAAGUGUAAAUGUAAAGAAGGAUACCAGGGCAACGGGCUCACCUGUGUGUAUAUCCCAAAAGUCAUGAUUGAACCUUCAGGUCCAAUUCACACACCAAAGGGAAAUGGUACCAUUUUAAAUGGAGAUGAAGGACAUAGCAACUGGAUUCCUGAAGUUGGAAGUACUAGGUGGCCUCUGAAGACUCCGUAUAUUCCUCCUGUCAUUACCACCAGGCCCACUGCUAAGCCAACACUAAGACCUACACCAAAGCCAACAACGCAACCAACUCCAUCACCGCCACCACCUGCCCUGCCAACAGAGCUCAGAACACCGCCACCGCCAAUCCCAGAAAAGCCAACCACCAGGCUGACCACUGUAGCACCAGCCACCAGUACAUCUGCAGGAGGGAUUACAGGGGACAACAGGAUACAGACAGAUCCUCAGAAACCCAGGGGAGAUGUAUUCAUUCCACGGCAGCCUUCAAAUGAUUUGUUUGAAACAUUUGAAAUAGAAAGAGGAAUCAGUGCAGACGAUGAAGCAAAGGACGAUCCAGGUGUUCUAAUACACAGUUGUAAUUUUGACCAUGGACUUUGUGGAUGGAUCAGGGAAAAGGAAAAUGACUUGCACUGGGAACCCGUCAGGGAUCCUGCAGGUGGACAGUAUCUGACAGUCUCGGCAGCCAAAGCCCCAGGGGGAAAAGCCGCUCGCUUGGUGCUACCUCUCGGCCACCUCAUGCAUUCAGGGGACCUGUGCCUGUCCUUCAGGCACAAGGUGACGGGGCUGCACGCAGGCACACUCCAGGUGUUUGUGAGAAAACAUGGGGUCCACGGAGCAGCCCUGUGGGGAAGAAAUGGUGGCCAUGGCUGGAGGCAAACAGAGAUCACCUUGCGAGGGGCUGACGUCAAGAGCGUCAUCUUCAAAGGUGAAAAAAGGCGUGGUCACACUGGGGAGAUUGGAUUGGAUGAUGUGAGCUUGAGAAAAGGCCACUGCUCGGAAGAACGCUAACAUCUCCAGAACUAGCAGUGAACUACUGGGUCUUCCCCUCUUCUUGUUUCCAAUCCUCACCUUCUCCCUCUUCUCCCCCCUCAGCAGGCCUAAGAGAAGAGUGGGUCAGGAGAGAGUCUGCUUGGUGACUCAUGUCUCACUGGCCUGCUUUUGCAAUCCCAGUGAGCAGUGACAGGGGCACCUGUAGAUGCACACAAAUCACCUUUGGGUGUUGCCUUCCGCCCUGUGUCUUUUAGGAAGGCUUUUGGCGUGGGUUAUCCAUACCUUCUUCCUGAUUAUAAGAUGCUCCUUAUAGCAGAAUAUAGAAGAAGUUUUCAAAAGGAAACUGUACAAGUGACCAUUCUCUUAUCUCUUCAGUGUUGUACUGUGGAGUAGUGUUGAUGUCCCUUGAGAUGUACAAUGUACCUGUGAAACUGGCUUACCCUCUUCACUUUAGGUAGUUCUGGCCUGCCCUGAACCCUGACCUUUACUGUUGAUUGCUUUGUAAAACAAGGGUGUGUAAUAUAUCAAGAUGCAUCUAUUCUUAUUAUCUGUAUUUUUCUUUUAAAGAUAGUUAUGUAGAGUGGGCAUGUAAUCUCUCAUAAGUAGUAGUCCAUUUUGUGUAAAUGUGUUAUUAAGUAUUUACAUGUUUCUAAUAUUUACAGACUCUAGUUGCAAAAUAAAAGGCAGCUUGUGAUCUCUUG